AUGCUUGGUAGAUUAUUCAAACAUAAUCCCCCACCAACUCAAGUUCACACACCACAAAUUACAUCCCUGGCUUCACCUCCAAUAACAACUCCAUUUGAAGACUCACAUUCUAGAGAAAUACUUUAUGGCACAUGCAAUGCUAAUCUGUUGAAGCCAUUUCAAUUCAAUAGCAAGUAUUUUAGAAUUAUUGUUUCACAAGAUGGCGGCAAUCUACGGUCGAAGGAGAUACUAUUUGACUCUGCUUAUGAGCUGAUACAACAGCAGCAACAGCAAUCGACGUCACCACUACAGUCGCCAUCACGAAGUCAAGAACAGCGACGUACAUCAUUGAAGAAACAGAGUAACCUGCGCAUAUACCACAACACAACUGAUUUGAAUGAUUUAUCAUUUGGAUGUGGAUUGCCUACGAAUGAAGUACAAACAAUUACCAAACUACAUACAUUGCCCCCAAUUUCCAAUUCAUCUACAGCUUAUCAUGCAGUAUUAAUUACACGACUUUUUUCAAUAAGUGACGCGGAAGUAUUCACUCCUAAUGCAACUUUUCAACAAGGUAGUGGCGAUUGGGAACCUAAAUCAGCAACAGCAACAAGGGAAUCAAGAGUUAAACUUCAUGACUUGAAAAUGAAUAGCCGAUUUUCCAUUGGCGUGGUUAUACCUUUGGAGUGUGCCAAUUUUAUCCAUGAAGAUAUUAUCAACGAAUGGAGUGAAAUUUCCCAUUUCUUGACCUUGUUGCAAAAAUUAGUAUAUCGCAAAUUGUUGCUACAAUUGAAUAUGGUGAUUGAUAAUGGCAAUGGUUGUGAAUACUUGGUAAAGAAGAGAUUGCAAUUUCCCAAUUAUAUUUUACAAAAUGAUUUUGAGUUGCAUGCUCAAUUGGGCAAACUUGUCAAGCUCAUCCAUUACGACAAUAAUACACCAAGAUUGAUUAAUACAAAUUAUUUUAUGAAGCUCAACAAGACUAGUUACAACUCAAGUUUAAUGAAUUGGAUUUUGGAAACUUUAAAUUGGCUAGAGUUUAAAGAUGGAAGGUGCAAUCUGCUGCCAUUUAAUAGUAAUAGUCACAUGGACAAGAACCCAUCAUUUCUUGCUACUUUAAUGUCAUUAUUGAUACGAUAUAGAAAAUCAUUGGGUCUGAGACCAUACUACAACAACUCGAGCAAUACUCGUGAAGUAACUCGAGUGGUUGUUAUGACUGGGAAUCCAGCAGUGGCGAAACGGCUAAUCUUCAUCUUGAAUGGGUUAAUUGCCAAUACCGAAUCCGCAAAAUGUGGUGAUACAAAUAAGUACAUAUUCCACGCACAUCAACGUGAUAACAUCAUUGCCACCGGCACUUCAGGCGAUGGUACCCAAGAAGAUGAAAAGUAUUCAACUGAUGAAGAUUGGAAUUCGCCAUCUACAUUGGCAAAUAGCGUCAUAACUGAACGGACAAUUCUGAAUGGGAAUAUGCAUGAAGUUUCACGAGUACAGCCUUCAGCUGUUGGUAUUCCAAUAAACCGACCAAAGUCAUCACAAGGACCUACAGUGGGUAUACCCAUAAAUACGCCAACAACCUCACAAGCAUCAUCCUCACUUUCUAAAUCUGCAUCAUUAGCUCAACUCUCAUCUUCAUUGAAUUCAUCGUAUUCAUCGUUACAGUCUAACUAUUCAUUAUCAAAGUUCGGUACCGCAGGUGUAGGUGUUGCUGGUGGAGGAAGUAGUGGGUCAUUUAUGGAAAAAUGGAAAAACUCAUUCAGUAAUCAACUGCAUACAUCGAGUAAUAAUAUGGGUGGGUAUUUUGAUGAACCACCGAGUUUGGGAAUGCGAAAGUCAUCACAUCAAUCAUUACGAACCCCAUCACCAGCAUUUGAGCACGAUGAUUUCAAUUGGCAAUCAUCAAGUUAUACCAAUUCAAUUGCAUCGCCAAUAUCAAUGACGCCAAAUAAAAUGUCACGUACUCAAUCACUAUACGAUUUGUACGACUUGGGUAUGAAUUCAAUGAGUGAGGAACAAUUGUCAGAAUCGUCAAAUUCGUCGUCAUCUUCAACUGAGAAUCAUAGUACUCAAACGAGCAACAACCACAAUCACAACCAUAACCAUAAUCAUACCAAUGGUUCAAAUGGCAGCUCUAAUGUGUUGGAAGUCAAGCGAUCAAAAACCAGUGUGUAUACUCCAUUUGUCAGUGAUCGACUCAUUAAAAAUGUUGCAGAGUAUAACCGAUCAACAAUUCAAACUAAAUGUAAACAGAUAAUGGAAAGUACACCCAAAUUUAACAAGCAGGACAAAGUACUUGAAGUGGAUGAAACGGGUGCAUCCCCUUCAUCUUCAAUUGGCAAUGAGGACGUGACCACAUCAACAUCAACGAUAUUUAAACACAAUAUCUUGCUUCCUUGUGUUGGUUAUUGUGACGAAUAUCGACCAGAAUUUAUUCUACAAUCGUGUCCCAUAAACCCAAAACUUGAACAACAAGUGAUGAGUUCAAUGAAGAAUGAUUUGAUUUACUAUCAGAAUAAUUACAAGUAUAACACAAUUACCACCAGGACCAUAUUUGUUAGUUUACGCGCUAGGGAGAUCAAGACUAUUGAAAUGCAUAUCGAUAAUGAAUUGACCCAGCAGCAGCAGCAACAACAACAACAACAACAACAACAACAACAACAUAGACAAGGAAGUCAAGAUAAGAUUGAUGCUCAAUCUACAGGUCAAUCAGAUGGAUCAAAUGAUGAGGAGAGUAAUAAUAAGAGAGGUGUCAAUAGUGGCAACUCCACUUCAUACAAGACCAAGAUUCACAAGAUUUACUCACCGUUAAAAUGUGUUGUUGGUAAUGGGGAUGCCAAACGAUUGAUUAAUCACAUUGAAUCAAUCUUGUCGCAAAUUGACGAAUUAUUCAAAAUUCAACAACAAUUGUAUCAUGAUAAGAAAACAAUGGAUAAGAAGCAGUUUCAUGAUAAAUUAUUGGGACUAGUUGCUGAAUUGAUCGAUUGA